GGCAGCACACACAAACACAUUGGGAAAAUCGCAUCGCAUUGCUUUAGCUCCGAUUUUCUAUGCCAGUGUUUUUGUUUACUUCAAAAGUUAAAAAUUAUUUAUAAAAACAUAUAAAUAAUUUGAAAAACAAGCCAAAACAGUUUUCAAAACUUCGACGACAAUUCCACGUAAUCGUGCGAAAAGACUUUUGAAGAAAAACUCGACAGCAAUUUCAUCGCAUAUAUUCAAAGUAAAUGCAAAUUGGAAGUGUGGUGUUGUGUAUGUGUGCUUUGGAAGUUUGACCAUCGAAAAAAAUUGAGAAAAAAAUAUAUAUAAUAAACACGUAACAUUGAAGAAACGAGUAAAGCAAUCGUGCAAAAAGAAAUUUAAUAAAAAAGAAUAAACGAAUUAACAAAAUAAAUGUUUGCCUGGCAUAAGAGCAAAAUUUGCAGCGAUCGAACAAUCAACAACUAAGUUCUAACAACAGGCAAAAGAGAAAAAUAAUCUCGGUCUUAGAUUAUUUUCCUGUUCGACGAGAACUUUUUUAUUUUUUUUUUGUUGUUGUUGUUAUUUGUAAAUGGCUAGUGGUAGUAGCAGCAGCAGUGAUAAUAGCAAAGAAUCAAGAUGGUAUUUCACAGUAGAACAAUUACAAAAUUCACCAAGUCGAAGUCAAGGCAUCGACGCCGAAAAGGAAAUAGAUCUCAGACAACAAGCCGCUUACUUGAUUCAAGAAAUGGGACAACGGCUUCGAGUCAAUCAGUUAUGUAUAAAUACGGCUAUAGUUUAUAUGCAUAGGUUCUAUGCAUUUCAUUCGUUUACACAAUUUCAUCAAAAUGGAAUUGCAAUGGCUAGUUUGUUUCUAGCUGCAAAGGUGGAAGAGCAACCACGAAAGUUGGAGUCUGUAAUACAUGUGUCACAAGCAUGCAUACCAGGAGCAGCUGACAACCAAACCAAGGAAUCCUAUGCUGAGCAAGCACAAGACUUAGUUUUUAAUGAAAAUAUAUUGUUGCAAACAUUGGGUUUCGACGUGGCCGUUGAUCAUCCACACACCCAUGUUGUGAAAACAUGCCAUCUAGUUAAAGCGUGUAAAGAUUUAGCUCAAACCUCUUAUUUCCUGGCAUCAAAUAGUUUACAUUUGACAACAAUGUGUUUACAGUACAGACCAACGGUAGUUGCAUGCUUCUGCAUAUAUCUCGCCUGCAAAUGGUCUCGUUGGGAGAUUCCACAAUCAACAGAGGGGAAGGAUUGGUUUUAUUAUGUUGAUAAAAAUGUUACAAUGGAACUGCUAGAACAAUUAACUGAUGAAUUUAUAGCCAUUUAUGAAAAAAGUCCCGCAAGACUAAAAAAUAAAUUGAGUUCAACGAUGAAAGAUUUAACGACGAGUGCCAGAUCUGGUGAUGUGCAUAGUUCAGGAUCACAGCAUCGAUCAUCUAGUCAUCAUAGAUCUUCGAGCCAUCAUCAGGUCAAACAUUCAAUGCAUUCAUCCGGUGACCAUAAGUCAUCCUCAUCUCACCAAAAAAUACUUCAACACUCGUCUUCAUCAAUGUCAUCAUCGAUGAGCACAGCGUCUGGAUCAAGUUCAAGUCGGCAACAUAGGAAUGAAAGGGGUGAUCGAAGUGUACCACCUGAUCGAAUUGAUCGACCAUUCACAUCUGCUGGUGCUCCACAACGAUCAUCAAGCAGUAACUCAAAUGGUCCGAUUCCAUCCCGAAGUAGCAGCAGUUCGAAUAGUAUGACAAAUAUGCCACCAUUGCGCCCACAAUCGCAGCAACAACAGCAUCAGCAAAUGCGGCAUACUUCAAGUGGUUCAUCGUCAUCGUCAAAAACUGACCAAAGGCAUUUGACCAAGGAACACAAAGCACAUCCAGAUAAGAGUCAAUCCACGAAACAUACUCUAUCCAAGUCAAAUGUGACACAGCAACAGCAUUUCAGUGGCUCUAGUAAUAACAACAACGGAAGUCACAGCAAUAGCAGCAAUAAUAAUACAAUCAAUCAAGAACAACAAAGGUUAUCCGUCCAAAAUUCACAACAAAAACCACAACCGACUUUAAUAGAUAUGUCUUCCUAUGGACUGAUUGAUGAUAUUAACAAUAUACGUAGCCUGGAUACAAUGGAUUUGCUGAGCACAUCACCGCCAAAACAACAAAUGACAACGGGCAAAGCACCGUCAAUAUUUAGUCCCGAAUGGAAUGAAAAGUCGAGUUCAAUGCCAAGCAACAAUGGUAGUAGUAUGACAUCUGGUAUAGACCAUGGCGCCAAUGGUUCGGAAACAAUGAGUACGAUGCCCAUUUUGUGUAGCCCAAAGAAGGAGUAUGAAAAGCGUGCACCGUUAUCAAACGACAUGAUAAAGAAGGAAAAACAAAUAGAACAACAACAACAAUCACACCGAUCAGGCAUGCAACCGGAUAAAUUAACAAAUGUGAAACGAGAACCAACUUUAUUAUCAACGGGAAUGCAGUAUGAUGCCAAUCUACCUCAAAACCUUCUAGAUAGCAAAGCCGUUAAACGCUCAUUCAAUGCUGAAAUGGGAUCGGAUAGACUAGACAAUUCUGAAUAUCAACAACGAGAAAUGAAAAUACGAAAAUUAGAGCAAUUAUCACCAAUUCAAAAUGUAUCUGAUGUGACGAAAGCAAAGUCAUUUAGUUGUUUGAAUGGCAUUGAGUCAAAAUCAAUGGAUUCGCCAAUUUCGGAUAAAUACGGCAAGAUUGGAGAACUGCCCAAGGCAACUGCUAAUACUGUAUCGAUAACUCCAGAUUUAGUUAGCUCCCUACUAAAAGAGAGUCUUAGUGAACCCGGAAAUAAAUAUUUACCGUCAUUGGAUACGUCGCAAAAGAAACAUUCAUCUUCGGCGACAAUGUCAUCCACAAUUAAAAAGGAACCGAAUAUUAUACCGUCUGCUUAUAAUAUGCCACAGCAUCAAAUGCAAAUGAUGGACGCAAUGGAACAACAGCAUUCAGUAAAAACCGAAGAUAUGGAUCGAUCACAAGGUGCAAAUCAAUUUUUGGGUCAGCAUUCACAAUAUCGCAUAGAUGCAAAACGCAUGCAAGGACCACCGGUGACUACAACAAUAUCGCGACAACAACAACAACAACAGCAAGUACCACAACAGCAAUCGUCUUCAUUACAAAUGCCAUAUAUGCCAUUGAAUGACAUCGCUCCAAAUAUGAAAGAACAGCAAUUUAUUGAACAACAAAAAAUGUCUCAACUUCAGCAAGAACAAAGUAAUACCCAGAAUGUAUAUGGUGCCCAAACAUUGCCACCGCAGCUACAAAUUAAUAAUGACGCCGAUCAGCGAAUCAAGUCUGAGAAAAAGAAAAAGAAAGAAAAGCAUAAAAACAAAGACAAAGAAAAGUCGAAAAAUCGAGAAGAGCGAAAAAAACACAAAGAAAAGAGACACAAGGAAAAGCGAGACAAAUCACAACCAGAAAGUCAUGAAUCAAGUCCCAAAUCACCGAUUCGUUUAAAAUUGAAUUUAUCUCAUACUGAAACGUCGAGUGGCCACUCUGUGUACGAUACACAAAGCAUUCACAACGAACAACAACCAAGUGCAUUACAAGAAAUCAAAUUGAAAAUUGCUCGUGAUCGAAUAAAACCCGAUAUAGAUAGCAGUGGCAGCAAUGAUACAAGAGCUCAAAAUGCACCGUUGGCAUCAACACAAACACCUACCUCAUUGAAAAUAAAAAUACCAAAGCAUGUUGUUGAAAAUUGCAAUAGCGGAGUGACAAACAUUUACAAUAGCCAACAAAUGCAUUUGAAUGAAAUGGGCCAUCCACAGAGUGGCAACAGCGGCGGUACUAGUAAAAAAAAGGAUCGAAAUCGUGACAGAGAUAAAUCGAUGCGUAAUUCUGGCGGCAACCUAUCCAAUUCUACAAAGAUCUACUCACAAUAUAAUGAACAAAUGACGCAACAACAGCAACAACAAAUGUUUAUGCAACAACAACAACAACAGCAACAACAACAACAACAACAGCAACAAUAUCAAUCCCAGCUACAGAUACAAGCGCAACAGCAGCAGCCACAAUCGCAUACGCAAUCACUUUUCCAUCUUAAUCAGUCCUCAGCCUAUGAUAAUGCUCAAAUGUAUCAAGCUCCGAUGGCAAAACAGCCACAGCAACAGUCUUAUAACAGUCAAUUCGACAGUUUUCUAGCUAAUCAAGGUUUUGGGCAAAACGCAUUACCGCAAUAUCAGCAGCAAGCAAACCAUGCUCAGAUGCCUCAACAAAUGUUUACAAAUCCACAACAACACUACUCGUACAAACAGAAUUCAAAUCAACAAAACGUUCGGAAUCAACCGAUCAAAUACAGAGAAAAAUAAGACGAAAAAAAAAGAAAAAAUCAAGCAAAAGCAAAAUAACUGAAACAAAAUGCCGGCAUUAGAACAUCCAAACAAACAAAACAUACCAUACGAUACCAUGCGGUUUUUAUUUGUUGAACAGUAAAAUGAAUCUUGUGUUUGCUUUAGCGAUUUGCACCGAUUUUAUUUAAUUGCAAUUGUUAAAGCAAAAAACUUGAACUAUUCAGCUAUUGGGUGGUUUUGUUAUGAUAAAAAAAAUGUAUUUUGUAAUUUUGCCUUUGAAAGUUGUCUUCACGUCAUCACCAAACAAACCCUAGUAGACACAUUUUUUGAAGUAAAAAAAAAAAAUAAAAAUAAAAAAGCAAUAAA